UUUGGUUAUGCUUGUAACUCCAUCCGCCCUUUGUUGUCCAUUUUCUGUUUCUUUUUCUUCUACCUGCACCGUGUGUUACAAACAAUGGCUUUAAGCUGGGCUUGCCUUGCUAUUCUUAUCUACCUUCUUCCGUUUCAAAACCUUCUUCCCAUUUCAGUGACUGCGGUGCCUGAUGGUUUUCUGGCCGUAAACUCUUCUACUUCGUGGACCAACAGUUUUUCUGCUCCUGAUUCUGUGAAAUUCGAUGAUGGAUCAUUUGUGACAAUCAUACUUUCCCGUGUAUCACCCGAUCUAUACUAUGGUCAAUAUGUUUGUGGUUGUGGCUUCUUCUACAAUCGAACAUAUAACAGAUCUCUUUUUGCUAAUUUUAUUCUGUAUUACGAAGAGGGCAAUUUUAAGGUAUCGGAUUAUCCCGAAGUAGUAUGGUCUGCUAACCCAAAGAAUCCGGUUAGCCUUAAUGCGACUUUGCAGUUCACUUCGGAAGGAGGUUUGGUGCUAGAAGAUGGUAAUGGAAGUAGAGCGUGGUCAACAAACAUCAGCAACAAAUCUGUGGUUGGCCUAAACUUAACCGAUGACACCUGCAACCUCAUGCUGUUGGAUGACAAGAAUGCAACAAUUUGGCAAUCUUUUGAUCACCCAACGGACACGCUGGUUCUUGGCCAAAAGUUGCUAAGAGGUCAGCAACUCACUAGUGAAGGAGGAAUGUUUUCAUUCUCAAUCACUAGUGAAGGUUUGUUUUUCUAUAUCAAUUCUAAUCCUCCUGAUAUCUAUUAUUAUUAUCCUUUUAGUAAUGUGAAAUACAAUUACUCUCAAUUUCUGAAUCAAAGCUUCGCUACCUUCGAAAUUGAUUAUCCAUCACCUGGCAUAGCCCUUGGCCUAACCAUUACUGCAAAGUACAUGAAACUUCGGCCUGACGGACACUUGAAAGUGUAUGAUGGAAACUGGUAUGAAGUCGAUGAUUUUCUCAAUCCGGAUAUUGGUUACUGUGGUUAUCCUGGGGUUUGCGGCAAUUAUGGUAUUUGUACAGAUGAGCAGUGUAGUUGUCCGCCACCCAUAAAUGGUACAAACUAUUUUCAUCCCAUCAAUGACAGGCUACCAAACCUUGGAUGCUCUCUAGUUACUCCCUUGUCUUGUGACGCGAACAAAAAUCACAUUCUUAUAGAGCUCCAGAACAUCACAUACUUUCCCUUUCGAGAAGGCCUCCCAGAUGUACAUCCAGACUACCAACACAUAAGUUUAGAGAGCUGCAAACAGUCUUGCUUAAAAGUCUGUUCCUGCAAAGCUGCUAUUUAUAAUUCGAGCAACCGUGUUGGGAGCUGCUAUUUGCGAUCCCAAAUUUUUUCCUUGAUGUACGCUGAUGAAAGAGAUUUAAGAGAAGAAACUUACUUUAAAGUAUAUAUCAAGGUGCAAAAUGUUCCUCUUUCUCCUCAGCAACAAAAACAUUGGCUUGGAUUGAUAUUGGGAUCCAGCCUAGCAUUUGUUCUAUUUCUUUUAAUUGGAUUCUUUGUUUUUAAAGUUUGGAAGAAGGAAACUGCUAAUGAAGUAGAGGAGUAUUAUUUAGAUCAUGUACCAGGAAUGCCCACAAGGUAUUCUUAUGAUGAUUUGCAAGCAAUAACAGAAAAUUUUAGUAAAGAGCUCGGUGAGGGAGGAUUUGGUACAGUUUUUGAAGGGACUCUAAUUGAUGGCACAAAAGUUGCAGUGAAGCGUCUUGAUGGUUUUGGUCAAAUCAAGAAAUCAUUUUUAGCUGAAGUUGAGACAAUUGGCAGCAUUCAUCAUUUCAACUUAGUACAACUGAUUGGAUUUUGUGCUGAGAAAUCUCAUAGGCUUCUUGUUUAUGAGUACAUGUCUAAUGGGUCUUUAGACAAAUGGGUAUUUCACAAAAAUCCUGAGAUGUUGCUUGAUUGGCAACAUAGAAAGAAGAUCAUCCUUGAUACAGCAAGGGGACUAACUUAUUUACAUGAGGAGUGCAGACAGAAGAUAGUUCACUUGGACAUAAAACCCCAUAACAUCCUUUUAGACGAGAAUUUUAAUGCAAAAGUCUCUGAUUUUGGGAUGUCUAAACUAGUUGAUCGAGAUCAGAGCCAAGUUGUAACAACCAUGAGAGGAACUCCUGGCUAUAUGGCUCCUGAAUGGCUGAGUUCGAUAAUCACAGAAAAAGUAGAUGUAUAUAGCUUUGGAGUAGUGCUUUUGGAGUUAUUAUGUGGAAGGAUAAAUUUAGAUCGCUCUCAACCAGAAGAAGAAAUGCUUCUAUUUGAUCUUUUUAGGAAAAAGAUUAAGGAGGAACGACUGUCAGAUCUAAUUGAUAAGAACAGUGGAGAUAUGCAAUUACAUGGUGAAGAUGUUGUAAAUAUGAUGAUGGUUGCCAAUUGGUGUUUGCAAUUUGAUUUUACAAAGAGGCCUUCCAUGUCUAUGGUGGUUAAGGUCUUGGAAGGUGUUGUGGAUGUUGAAUCUUUUUAGAUUAUUUUUUUCAUGAAUCCACCUUUACCAAACACGAGAGCUAGAGUUGAUAUCCAGGAAGCGCACGUUAUCGCUACUACCCUAGUAUUGCCAUCAGUUCUAUCAGGACUGCGGUGAGUUUUCAGUGUCUUUCAUUGUUUGACAAAUGAGGUAACUUCGGUACUUCUAAUAAAUUCUUUCACCUAAUAACUAAUAUUAUUGGUGUAAAUUUUGAUGGUAACUUCAGCCUAAGUCAUUCGUGUCGAUGAUUAUUGGCAAUAGCUUGGUUUCUCUGUUAGUAACAUAUAUGUUUAUUUAACAUUGUGGGUAUUUAUUACGCAUAGUAAGUUUGCAGAG